AAGAGAGAGUGAGUGAUGUAAACAAAUCGUGACGACUUGUAGUCGUCGUAUGCGGUGAAGAAGUAUCGAGUGAGGUUUUAGUGUUAUGUUAUGGCUGAAGUUAAAAAGGGUGGGAUAUUCAUCCUUCAUGUUGUUGUGGUUGGAUUUCAUCACAAAAGAGGUUGUCAGGUGGAUUUCUCCUACCCACCACUUAUUGAUGGAGAGGCUGAGAACAGUUCAGAAUUACCAGAGGAAUGGAAAUACCUACCAUUUUUAGCUCUUCCUGAUGGAGCUCACAACCAUACCGAAGAUACAAUUUAUUUCCAUCUACCAGCUAAAGAUGAUAAGACUUCAACCGUUUUUGGUGUUUCAUGCUAUCGUCAAAUAAACACAGAGGAUUUGAUUUGCAAGACGGAUGACAUUACAAGAGGAACUGUUCAGAAAUCAGUCUGUAUACUGAGCAAUUUGCCUGUUUAUGGUUGGAUCCAAGCCAAACUGCAGCUUAUCACUCAUGCAUAUUUCGAGGAAAAAGAUUUCUCUCGGACCCAAAUACUUAAAGAUUUGUAUAAGAAUCUGACAUUAUGUAUUAGUAGCCAUGAGUUGAUUAGCAGUUCACAGAUGUUGAUUGGCUUGGAUGCCAGAGAGCUUGUUUCAACAUUCAAACACAAGAUACUAGUUCUCUUUAAACUGGUUCUUCUGGAGCGGAGAGUGCUCUUCUACACUUCACCUGUGCAUAAACUCUGUGGCUCUCUAUUGACAUUGCUUUCACUUUUUCCAGGUAUGAUCCAACAUGGUUUAAAAGAGGCAGCUACAUACAAGGACAGUGGCAACACUGCUUGUGAUUUUGAACUCAGUGAUUUCGGCAUCAAUGCUGAAGAGUACCUAACAUUAAGUGAGUCUCAUAUCCCAAAUUAUUAUUCACCAGACCCCAAGAAAGACUGUCACAAAGAAUCACGCAAAGAUGAAAUGCAAAAAUCUCAGGGUAAUUCUCAGCAAGAAAAUAAUUCUAAAUUAAAGAAGAAUAAGGAUGAUUCUAUUACGCGGCACAGAGAUGAGCCUCAGAAGGCGGAAACAGAAAUAAUCACAGAUGAUAGAAUUGAAAAUGAUAGCGGAAUGUUCGAAAAGAGUACUCAUUCAAAUGCAAGUUUAAAUAAACAAGAAACAAGUGAAAGUCAUAGUAAGUUGGACAUCAGACCAAUUAAUCAUUCUAAAAACAUUGGAUCUGAAAGUGAAAGUGACUCAAAUUCAAUUCAAAGUAACAAUGUCUCACUAGAAACUGAAAAUACCAACAAAGACGGCAGCAAACAAACUAAUGUGCAAUUUUCGGACGAUGAUGAGCUGCUUAAUAUGAUUGAGAAUGAGCUCUAUGGAAUAACAUUAAAACAUUCGUCAACUCGAGAAUCCAGAACAGCAGAGGAGAGCGACAAGGAAAAGGUCAGACACACAUCCGAUGGGGAUGGGAUGGAAAUUGAAGCUGGAUCCAGUCGAUUCUAUGCAUAUAACACAUUGCACUACAAAGACAAAAAUCAAAGCAAAUCGGCAAAUUCUGAAGUCAAAGCUGUGGAGAGUGAAAAGAGUGAGAAAACAAUCUCAUCAGAAGUUGGACGUCCAGUCAGUUCUACGAGUGAUUUCAUUGUUGUUAAUCGUGAACCACCAAUAGCCACACUUAAUGUUGAUGAACUUGGAUUUCCACUUUCAAUAUUUGGCAAGGGAUCAAUAUGUCAGCCUUACAUGGCCCUACAGCAGCAUGAUCUCCUGCAAGAUGUAAACGUCAGGUGCUUUCUAGUAGGUGCGACCAACAUAUUAUUCAAGCAGAAAAAACAUCUUCUUGAUGUCAUAGUAGAGCCUGAUGAAGGCAAGAUGCUCAUUCUGGACAAUGAUUUAAAGCGUGAAUUAAGUCUAAGCACUGCAGAUUUUCGCUUUGCUGAUGUCAUCGUGAAAAGCGUAAUGGGAGACAAUGAUAUCAUGUUUGAUGGAACAGGAUGGGAAGGAGGCAAUGAGUGGAUAAGGUCUCAGUUCCGCCAGUACAUGAUAUCGCUUCUGGCAUCCUGCCUAGAACCAGACAGUGAAAAUCAUACGCAUGACUUCAAUGAGCAUUUCAUCGAGGCUUGGAGAAAAACACACAACUACCAAAUUUGGAGAAGUAAGACUCACAGUGGUAUAAAUAGCCAGUUAGCAGGUCAUCCAUGCAAAGGGCAGUUGGGGGUAGCAGACAUGAAAAUUAGAUUACAAAGUGCAAUGCAAGCCAGCGAACGUGGUCGUAAAAUCAACAACGCUUUGAGUAAAACCACAGUAGCAAUCAGCAAUGCUCGCUCAGCCAUGUCGUCAUGGUUCACCAGUUUGGCCCAGGAAUGGAAGGAGGAAGAUGCUGCUGAUGAGGGAGCAGACAACACGGAUUUCUCAAAAACACUGUAAUUCAGUGUGUAGUUCCAGCCAGAAUCACACUAAACACAUCAUAAUAACAGUGUGCAUUUGUUUUGGCGCCCAUAUCCAACAUAGAGUAACAGUGUACGUUUGUUUAGUGCCCGUAUCCAACACAUCAUAAUAACAGUGUACAUUUGUUUAACACCCGUAUCCAUCAAAGAAGAUACCGUAAAACUUCAAAUAGAAGUCCUAUGAGCUUAAUCUUGAGAAGAAGCCUAUCUUGAAAGGAAGCCCCUUCUUUAGUUUGCAAAAGUACGCUUCAAAAGAUGCCAAUCUAGAAAAGAAUCUCAUGAGCUGGCUUCUAUUCAAGAUAGUAGGGGCUUCUUUUAUUAUAGUAAUUCCCAAAAUUUACAGCAUUCAUUUUUAAAAGAAGCCCCCACCUCCCACCUCUUUACUUUGCAAAAGUAGUCUCUAAAAUUCUAUUUAAGGUUUUACAGUAUCCAUGGUGCUUGAUAUGUGGACAAGUAGCCUGUUCAGUGCACACUAUAUCUCACAUUCUUAAAAUAGACUUGACUUGGACUACGACUUCGUCGCUCAAAUACCCACUAGCUUGCUAUGAACGCAGGUCAGUUUUAUAGCCAACUAACUUGGGCAAGAUUAAUAAUGUUUUUCAAUAUAAUGAAAUGAUCGUAAAUAAUGAGGAUAAUUAUUUUUUCUGUAUGAAUUGUGAUAAAAAUUUUCUAUUAUUAUCUCACUAUUUGUUAGUUGCACUAGAGGAAUCUUUAUAACGAUUAAAUUUUUACCAAAGAUAUAACUAUACAUGUCUGGUCAGGGAGAUGAGUUUUGAUUUUUAAGUGUAAGUGUAGUUACAAGAAUAUGAUUGUUAAAUGCUGUCUGAAGCUUCAUUCGCAGUUAAUUAGGAAUAAUAUAAGAUUCCACUUUUGAUCAAUAGAACAGUAAAUUAUUGUAAAUAGUUUUUGACAGAUACUUGCGUGCUGUUGAUUUUUUUUUGUGAGAUAAAUGAAUUUAAUUGUUUUUUCUAUUUUGUCUUAUUUGAAAAUUGAAAAAUUUUGGCUGGGCCCAUUCAAUUUUACAUUCAGCAUUAAUUUUCUGAUGAUGAGACGGUGCUUUCCUUUUCUUCAACACAAUGUAAUGUUUGUAGUACCACCAUUAUUAUUGUAGAAGUGGUUUGGCACGGCAGGAACAGUUUGUUUUCACUUGAAGUCUGGGUUUCCAUCCCUCGCUGUGCAUUUCACUUGUGCCCUUGAGCAAGGCACUUUAUCUGCUUUGCUUCUCUCCACCCAGGAGUAAAUGGGAACCUGGUGGGAUUGCCUGCUCCUGCACUGAUUACCAGCAGCAACACUUAAACAUGUGGACAUAAUGGCAGGGGUCAAAAGCGCUUCAUAUCUGCAAACCAAGGCGCUAUAUAAGUAACCGAAUAAUGAUGAUAAUAAUGUUUAUUAUAAACUCACUUUGCAGCGCUUAUUCUGCACUACCGAGCUCAGAUAAGUUGUGUAACCCUAAAGGUUGAAAUUAAUUAUGCUAAAUAUAUGUUAAUAGAAAUUCCUCUCUGUAUCUUUAUUAAUUUUUUUAAUUUGAUUAUUUAAUUGAUGUAAGCACUGACACUUGUGUUUUAUAUAUGCAUAUAUGAUAUUGUGUAUACAAAAUGAUGUAAAUAUUAGCGAUUUUAAAGCUGUCAUAAAAGUAAAUUUUAUUUCAUUAAAAUCCAACAGUGAUAAAAAUUACUUGAUUGUAGGACCACAUUAGAAAUAAGUUUACGUUUAAAUGCCUGCAAUUUUUGUAAUUCUAGAAAUUAUUUUGUGAUUUUAUUUUAAAUCUUGUUUGUGUGGAAUUUCUGAAUAAACAAUGAAGAUAAAUUAAAGGUAUGUGUAUUAGUAGAGCAUUAGUAGAGCAAAAAUCUUUGAAAUUUCCAUAUUUCCACUUAUUCUUUUUUUAAUAUAUUUUUAUGCUUUGGUACAAAUACAAAAGUACAAUUAGAAAAUAGGUUACAGUAAAACCUCGAAAUGAAGCCCAGUGGGCUUAAUCUCGAGAUGAAGCACAUCUCGAAUUGAAGCCCACCUCUUUAGUUUGCAAAAUUAGCUUUGAAAAGAAGCCCAUCUCAAAAACCAUGGGCUUUUUUUCAAGAUGGCAUAGGUGGGCUUCUUUUCAAGAUGGCAAAGGUAGAAUUCUUUUCGGGAUAGUACAGUACACUGUGCAUGAAUUUCUGAAAACAAAAUAAAUUAAAAACAAGGUACUAUAUAAAAACACAACAUAUGUAUUGAUUGUGUUCCUGUGUGGUAGCACAUGUUUAAUUUAUGAAAAUAUAAAUUAAAAAUUUACACAUAUUUGAUAAAUUGCAUGUAAUUGAAAACAGACGAUUGCAACAAACAAUAAUACUCCAACUAUAUUUAAAAUUUACAAUAGUAUGCCUCAGAUAAAAAUACUGCUUUUAUAUUUAGUAAUAUUGUUCUGUGUUUCUAAAGGUUCAUUAGAAAAUUUUAUUUUCAAGUUAGUAUUAGUAUAUUAUUAUAUUUAAUGCUUGUGAUAGACCACGUAGAUGAUUCUGAAAAGAACUGUUGUUUGUUGAGGCAAAUAAAAUUAUGAAUAUGAAUUAUAAAGGUCCAUUCAAGCAAAAAAAAUUCUGCAUUGUUCUCAACAAACAACAGUUCUUUUCAUAAUUACAUAUGUGGUGUACCGCAAGCAUACAUGUAUGAUUAUUUCGACAAGGUCUAUUAUCAUUAGUAUGGUACCUGACACAUGUACAAGGAAGAUUUCCCUUUGUUAAGUACCAUCUCAUGUGAGGCAAAUAAGAUUAUGAAUAUUGAUUAUAAGGUUCCGUUCAACCAAAAAAAAAAAAUAAAUCUGCAUUUUCCCCUUAAUAUAUACUACUGAAAAGCACCUAAAUGUGUAGUUCUCUACUCAUAUAUAACCGCAUGUACUGUGUUAAAAUUAUUUGUGAAAUUACCAUUAUGUAUAUUUCGUUUUUUUCUAUAUAUAUUAUGUAUUUGUUUUUGUUCUAGAACAAUGACUACUAUAAUAAUUAGUACAUAUCUCCCUCCAAUUACAGACCAUUUUUGGGUCUGUGGUUUCCCAUGGUCUUUAGCAGCUUUGGUCUCUAAUUAGAAUAAUAAAGAUAAGAGACAUUAGUUAAUGGGACCACAGAAAAGUGGUUUUAAUUGGAGGUUGUCUUUAAUUGGAUGGGUCUUGAUUAGAGGGAGACAUGCACUUAAAAUAAUUAUGUAUAUUGUCAUAUUUACAAUACUUUCGUUAUAAUAAUUAGGUGGCAUUGUACAGCAUUGUUAUUUAAAUUAAAAUUUAUUUUUGAACAAUCAAUAUAAUGUACUAAGUGAUUUAUUAUUGAUUAAAUGUACCCGCAAAAAUAACUAUA